AUGGAUACGGAAAACGUUCCUAGCAACCGCCUGGCGGCGUACAAACAUGGUUCCAAAUCGAACACGGAACUUCGGCAAAAACGCCACGAGGUAACGGUGGAACUGCGCAAGAACAAGAAGGAAGAUCAGCUGCUUAAACGUCGUAACAUUACCGAAGAUGAUGGGCCAACGUCGCCGCUGCAGGAAAAUAACGCCCAGAGCCCGGUGGCGCUUAAGUUCGAGGAAAUCAUGCAGUACAUCCGAAGUGGGCAGCCGGAGAAGGAACUUGCCGCCGUACAGGCCGCGCGUAAGAUGUUGAGCCGAGAGAAGAACCCACCGAUCGAUAAAAUCAUCGGUCUGGGCAUGGUGCCGGUGUGUGUGAAGUACCUUUCCGCAUCCGACCGUCCGGGCCUUCAGUUUGAGGCAGCCUGGGCACUCACAAACAUUGCAUCUGGUACGUCCGAGCAGACCAAGGUCGUAAUCGAGGCGAACGCGAUUCCACGCUUUAUCGACCUGCUUAGAUCCCCAUCGGUUACGGUAGCGGAACAGGCCGUCUGGGCGCUCGGUAACAUUGCUGGUGAUGGAUCGAAGGCGCGUGACAUUGUGCUGGAACACAACAGUGUAGACGCUAUUAUCGCACUCGUGAGCAAUGGCAACACGCAGAUCUCAUUCCUUCGCAACAUCGUGUGGCUGAUGUCGAACUUGUGCCGCAACAAGAAUCCGGCCCCACCGUUCAACCGGAUUGAGCCGAUGAUUCCGGUUCUGUCUGCGCUGCUUGAUCAUGAGGAUGCACAGGUGCUGUCGGACGCCUGCUGGGCCUUAUCGUACGUUACGGAUGAUGAUGUGGUGAAGCUAGAUUCGGUCGUUGCUUCCGGCGCAGUGCCCAAGUUGGUUCGACUGCUCGGCACCAACAAUCCGGCCAUUAUCACGCCGGCACUGCGCAGUGUAGGCAACAUUGUGACGGGCAAUGAUACGCAGACGGAUGCUGUGAUAGCCGCGAAUGCACUAGCGCUGCUUACGAACCUGUUGCGCCAUACGAAGAACACGAUCGUGAAGGAAGCGGCCUGGACGGUGAGCAACAUAACGGCGGGAAAUCAGAGCCAGAUUCAGCAUGUGUUGGAUUCCGGCAUCUUUAACGUGCUGAUCGACGUGCUGGCGAACGGAGAUUUCAAAUCUCAGAAGGAGGCGGCCUGGGCGGUCACCAACACUACCACGGGUGGAUCAACCGAGCAGAUCAUCCAGCUGGUUGAGAAGUACCCGAUCAUGAAGCCGUACUGUGAUCUGCUGGAGGCGAAGGAAACGCGCACGGUUCGUGUGGUGUUGAGCGGUGUGGCCAACAUCUUCCAGAUCGCAUCGCAGAUCGGUGGCAUCGAGAACCUAUGCACACUGUUCGAGGAGAUCGGUGCACUAGACAAGCUGGAAACGUUACAGAACCACGAAAACGAAGACAUCUAUCAGAAGGCGCUGCAGUUGAUCGAGACGUACUUCUGUGAUGCGGAAGACGUCAACCCGGAAUGUGCCCCGAAAGAAGUCAAUGGAGCGCUGGAGUUCAAUCCCACCACUCCGCAGGACGGUGGAUUUUCCUUCUAA